CUACUCUGUAUCUGUAAGAUAAACUUCACAAGUAGGGUUCUGGCCAAAGACCAUUGGCAAUGUGGAGACGGCUCCUUAGACUUUCUCAGAAUUAGUAGAGAUCCUUGAUGUGGAAAGCUGCCCUCCAGGGCCAUGUUUUCAGUAUACGAGGGUAUAAGUCGAUGGAUCAUGGCUAAGCCAGAGUGCAAGAUCAAACAGAAUUGAAGCGAUAAACCACCUCGAACGUGACAAAAAUUGUUUCUAAUGUUCACACAUUUGUUGCGACGGAGCAUAGGUAUAAGAUCACUAUAGGUCAUUGAUUCUUAACAAAUUAGUGGACAUUUAAUUACUAAAUUAGCCGAUGUACGAAGAGCAGUGUUGUGUCAAGUUCCAUCACCCCACUGCAGUGAUAUGUCUUUAUGCAGAUUACAUCCUUGACGUGCCUAUAAUCGUUGAAUUUGUGACGGUUAAUUUUUAUGUCUACUGCAAUAGCUUUCCAGUUUUACGAUAAGAGAAGCCUCUCCGCUGGAUGUCAUUUAUUCCUGUCCAAUAAAUGAAGGGUGAUCGUUAUGGAUUUUAGAAAAACGUAUAAAUCUUGAUUCUCAUCAAAUAUAAAAUGGUGGGUAAUUGUAGAUCUCUCCAUCUUGGCCGCGGUAGAGAAGCAUAUAUGGUGUUCAUCGCAAAUUGACGCCGAGGCAUGAUCAGUGCUGGGAGGGGUUGAGGAAAUUUGCGCAUUACUGACCGAACAAAUGAGAUUAUCACCGUAAUCGUAAAUAGUUAGUUUGAGGUAGCACGAUUAGUGAGCAAUUGGGUACCCUCCGGCUGUGCCUCUUUCUUUACCAAGCUUUUUCUCCAACUCUCCGCAUUGCCAUGACAAUUCCUUGCCUGCCUUCCCAGUUGCAUUGCAUUCCCAGUUUUCUCCUCAUUUUGGCGGCCAUGAGGUCAUCUCCUAUCGCAGUUUCUGUUCAUGAGCAAAACUUAGGUUGCAGGGCGUAGCGUUUGUUGCCGGUUGCGGAUAUAUAUCGAGAGCGCGGGUCCAUUACUCUUCUCAUCGAUUCUCAUCGAUGGUCGAGUAUGCGUAGGUAAGCUUUGGUUACUUCGUCGGUGGAUUCUCAUGUUGUUUGCUUCUGCCCGGAGUUCGGCUACAGGACUUGCAGGUUGGGUCGAUUCUCGAGAGGUUGCGAUAUGAUGAGAAGUGCUCGGCCCGAAGUAGAGGAGAUUAUGUGCAUUCCUAUAUCAUUAUACGAGACAGAGCUUUUGUAUAAUAUAUGUUUAUGUGCGAAUUGAUUCCACCAUUUUGAGACGAAUUGUUGACUAUGUCCGAUGAAGUUGACGAGGGUUCAUCAUGCUGGUAGAACUAAAUGUUCUUCAGCAUUGUGACGAUUCCAUUUGCUGACCACUAGUGGAUGUUAGAUCGAUUUCGUGGUCCUUCCUUUUCAGCCUCAUAAUGCAGAGGAAACUUCAAUCGGGGAGGUAUGGUCUUCCUAGAAUGCGAAAUAUCUUAGGGAACUCACAACCGGAGUGGCUGGAAUGGGUUUAUUCCAGGCAUAGGCACCAACUGAGAAGCUGAGAUUAAUUGACUGCAACUAUGGCCACGAAUGAUGACACAAUCGCUGAGGAACUAAAUGUGAGAGAGAAAGCAUCCGCUCAUGAACCCAGGAUACCACUUGCUGUGGUGGUUAGCCCGGGCUCAAUUUGUGGGCGAAUUAGAGCUAAUCCCUUGAAACACCUAGCAUCUCUUCUGCAUGAGAAACUAAUGGCUGCUCAGGGCGGUCCAUGCAAUUUGCUUCAGGUUGCCACAGAAAUUCAUUCACAAGCAGAGGAUAAGCACAAUACAACUUUACGGAGGAUUUAUGAUGUGGUGAAUGUCUGUGAAGGAGCAGGGGUAAUCGUUCGAACAGGGCAAAGAUCUCCAAAAUCGAAGAAAGCAUCGGCCUCUGGUCACAUCGUGCCUCCAAAAUGUUUCCCCUCCCGGCGAACAGGAAAGAGGAGUCUUAGGGGUGGAGCCACAAUCCAAUGGUUGAGUGCCUCUUCCUAUAACAUUCUUGGUGAAAGUGACAGCAGUCCGCCAAGCCCUUGCAAGAGUCGCAAGAUUCUGCUCGAGACGGAAAGGAGAGAAACUUUUGAGAGGAUACUUCAGAAGAAGAGGGUCUGUGACACCUUAAGCAAGCAGGUAGCGAUCCUCCAAAAACUUAUGGAACAAAAUCAGAGUCAAUGCCGUUUGAAUCAGUGCGCUUCGGGUAGCAUGGGCUGCACCGAAGUCGAGUUCCCUGCGCACUUGCGCAUGCCCCGUUCAUUAGAAAGGGCUAGCACCAAUACCGAAGUUGCCUCGGUUAGGCCAGGAAUGGAGUUUAGCAAAAUUAUACUGGACCGUGACAUCUAUGCCGAGCUGAACAACUUAGAUUGUGAGUAUUUAGUGAACCAGCAACGGCUAUGCACAUCAAAACUCUUGCAUCUUCCAUUCGUGAUGCUGGCAACUAAUCCAGAUGCAAACUUGAAUAUCUACAUGAUGGGCGACCCGCCCCAUGAAGUACGCCUGCAGUUGGAUCGAAAUUAUUGCUUGAUGGACCACAUCCAAAUGAUUAAAAUGUUGCCAAGAUUCUCCACUAUGUGAAUAACGCUAAAAAGGGCUAAUUCCUUGCACCCUGAUGUCAGCUGCUGUUGUAGCUGAAUAUUCU